CAAGGCCUCAAUACACCAUGCCACCGAAAAACGGGGGAGCCAAUACCGCCCGCAGAAAGGGGCCUGCCUUCAACCCCCCGCGUCCCGUCAACGCCGCCGCCCAAGCAUCCACGACGGCCAAACGCGCUGCGACCGCGUCGGCAUCUCGCCCAAGUGGAAAUAAGAGCAAUGCAGCCGCGUCCAAAAAAGGCUUCCAGCCGCCAGCCCAAGUCAUUGACCUGUCCGACGAUGACGAUGACGACGCUGCAGCCGAGGAACUCGCAGACGAAAUUGACAGUGACGACCUUGACUCGAUAAUGCAAGACGUCGGCCCCACGACUGCGCCAGCUCGCUCCAAUCCUCCGCCAGCCAACACGACCUUGUCUGAACCCGUCAUACCUCGGCCGCUGCUGGCGCGCCUGCUCCUCGAGAACUUUGACGACCCCACUAUGCAGAUUCAGACGGGUGCAAUGAAGCUGGUGGGCAAGUACAUUGACAUCUUCGUUACCGAGGCCUUCUUGAGGAGCAAAGACGAGAGAAAGGCCGCCGCCAAGGACGGCGGUGUUGUCGACGGAUUCUUGCAGGUCGAAGAUCUCGAGAGGUUGACACCACAGCUUGUGCUCGACUUUUGAGCAAUCCACAUGCAUGCACGACCAGGACGUUUACCGAGGCAAUUCAUGUCCACAAGCAGCAACCAUGACGAAUAUGUAUCAUCGUUACCAGCGGCAAUCCGAGACCUUGGUCGUUUGAAUACACAGGCUGUUUUGAUACAUUGGAUUAAACAAGAUCCAACCGCUCGGGCAGUGGUCCAGAAUAUGGGGCGCCAACUGAGCCAAGGCCUUGGUGGUGCAGCACCUUCGACCACAUCGCAGCGGGUAAGGCAGCACAUUACCCAUAUAUC